AUGACGAUAGGAACGGAUCAGCAAGAAGUUAGAGAUGCUAUCCAAAAGAAAAUUGGGAAUAUUACCGAAACUGAAUUCAGCAUAAGUUCGAUGCGCCCAUAUGCAGAAAGUAUGCUUGCGGUAACAGUACAGUUAAGUAGGGAAGGGACUGAGAGAUUAUUGAAUGAAAAGAGAAUUAGAAUGGGGCUCGCAAUGUGCCAAGUAGAGGAAAGAAGAGAGAUAAAAAGAUGCAAUAGAUGUUGGUCACCGCAGCAUUUGGCGAGGAAUUGUAAGGGAGAAGAUAGAUCGAGCAAGUGCUAUAACUGUGGCCAAGAAGGACACAAGAACAAGAAUUGCACUAACCCUAUGAAAUGCCUAGACUGUGGCUCAGAAGAACACAGAGCAGGAAGCAAUAGAUGCAAAAAGUUUAGAGAAAUGUUGAAAUAUAACAAACAAUCAGAGGAGAAGGAAAGACAAAAAGAGACACACAAAAAAGAAAACAUGACCCAAGAAGUUGAUAUGGAAAAUAGUACAGACAUAAAUCCCAUGGAAGAGCGGGAGGGGAACAUGGAUAUGACAAAAAUAUCGAAUCCAGAUGGAGAAAAAGAGGAGAAAAAAACGCAGACAAUGACCGACAAAACAACAAGAAAAAACAUGGAAAAAAAAGAAAAUGCAAAAGUAGGAACUAAUGAUGAACGAGAACUGAUUGAAGCACAGAAAGCAGAAUGGACAAAGCAACAACCAAGAAAAGUAAAGAAGAGCGAGGAAAAGGGACUGAAAGAAACUUCAAAGUCCCAACAUUUAAGCAAGUAA